AUGCAAUCAGCGUGCGACUGGAGCAUCGACUCGGACCUUCCGUGCAUCAGCAUGGCCGUCAACUUUACGCCUGGCGACAUCUUCCAUGACGAGUUCUGGCAUGAACGAAAUGUGGAGCUCCAAGCAAAUCGGCUGAUCCACUUUCCCUGCGAAGACGAAUACGAAACUGAGGCGAGCAGCAGUCGUCCGGAGCCCACACGAAUGCCGGAGGCUGGAGAACGAGCAGCAACAGGGCUGAAUAAGCAGCCAGCAAGAAAGAAAGAAGCAGCGCAGAAGCGCAUGCCGAAGACAUGGAGCCAAGAGGAGCAUGAGAGAUUCCUCGAAGGUUUGCGACUCCAUGUUCCCCAUCAAUCUCUCCUCUGCCACACUGACGGCACUCUACGGGUUGGCCUCGGCUUAGGGGUUGCAGAGAAGAUUUCCCGGGUGGUGCAGACUAGAACUCCGAAGCAAGUACGGUCCCAUGCUCAGAAGCACUUCGAGAAGCAGAGUCGCAUGAUUGUCAGGGACGCUUGCAGAAAGAAAUGGUGA